CGACCCAUCGACUCCCAUCUCCCACGGCACCCGCAUAUCCACCCAUUGCCUCUCUAUCAUACGUCAACAUGUCUCUCCUCGGUCGCAAGUUCCCCGCGCAAAUUGCUAAGCCCAUGUGGCCCUUUUACGUCUCCGGCCUUGUCAUCCUCUAUGGUGUCAACGCUGCCGCCAACGCCAUGGGCCAGGCUGAUGAGUACAAGAACGACCCCCGCAACCCGGCCGUCAAGAACGCAUCGCCCAACCACUAGAUUCGAUAACGCACGAUGACGGAGGGCCAUGAUACCACAAGAGGCACUGUACCAUACCCGUGUACGCGGAGGCUGCCGGAAACGCUCCACUUCAGAGUGGCUGUAUAGACUUUGGCAAUGCAAGCUUGAACGAACAUCAUACUCCCGCUCUCCUCUACGUCCUUCUUAUGCGAUCCAUUUGAGACAAACCAUCUAGGCCG